AUGUUCGCCUUCAGUGUAUGGGUUGGCUUCUAUGCGUGCCAGCUCCAGGGGACUGCUCUUCGAGAGCCCAAUAAACAGAAUAACUUGCUGUUGCUGGUUUCGCAAGGCACAUGUGCAUUUGAGAAGUGGGAAAGGCCCUUAGGCUGGCACCCACAGUACGGGCCUCGUUAUGUGGUCUAUUGGGGAGGUUCAGCAGGUUCAAAAGAGCCUUCAUUGGGUACUUGUACAUACAGUCACUACGCUGUGCGUCUUGACGAUACAACGACUCCUCAAUCUCCUUUCGAAGAUUACAUCCUGGCCUCGUUCUAUGAAGACUCUCUUUUAAAUGGAUCUCCUCCUCCAGCGCAAGACGAACAACAGGUUCUUCUUGCACAGUUGCCAUUCUAUGAGCCGCCGCCAACUGCACGCGGGCUGCGUCUUAAAGUUCCGGUGGGGGCUUGGAGCCGAGUGUUGAGGGCGCUCGAGACAAUCGCCCUCGAGCUUUGUUUAGAAUUCCUGCGGCGGCUGGGUGAGGUGAAAGAGCAGCCAUCUGCUGUUGUUGCUGCGAAGCUGGAGACGGAAGGGGCUCGUUUGCUUGUGUUGUUGCUAGAGAUAUUCAACUUAAUAAACAGGGAGAGGGAGUUGUCUUCUGAAGACCUCUCAGCAAUGAUGUCUGAUAAACUUGAACUUUUUUCUAAAAAUUUGAAAGCUCAAACUAACUGGGAUUCAGAAAAAUACAUCUAUUGGCUAGAGGUAUCCUCUCAGGUGACCGAAGAGGGUCUUCCGUAUUAUAUUCCAGAGAUGGAGGCAUCUAUUUGGCUUUCUUCUUUAAGUGUUCUUUCUUUGUCUUCCGCCGCUCAAGAUGGUCCUUAUAGCCGUAUUCUCGGUCUCUCCCCUUCUCCUUUUCUAGACUGUGAGCACUUCAUAUCUUCUCAGGCCUCUUUAAACCUUGCGGGAAAGGAGGCCCUAUGCAUCGAUUCCUUCUUUGCUGGAACGAUGGCUUUAAGAGGUGCAGCAGCUCAAAUCAUAGCGAUCAGUAGUGAAAGAGGAGCGCCUCUCAUCGAGCAGGCAGCAGCACGUCUUCGGAGAGCAGCAAUGCCAACAGCAAGAAACAUUACUCCCGAAAGCCCCUUCUAUCCAAUUGCCGCUCAGCUCUUGGAGGGUGCAGCAACAGCAGAAUAA